UAUCUGUGGCCGUUCUGUCGCUCGCCGUGCUCCCCCGGAUCGGACGUUUGCCGGUCACACAACAGCCCUUUGGGGUCAGGGUUGUCGCGAAAGUGAUCGGCUUGGAGGCGGUGAAUGAGCGUCCGGAACGUGCCAUCAGGGAAACUGUCCUCUUCUGCAAAAUGUACAGAACCAAAGUGGGCUUAAAGGACCGCCAGCAGCUCUACAAGCUGAUCAUUAGCCAGCUGCUCUAUGACGGUUACAUCAGCAUCGCCAAUGGCCUCAUCAAUGAGAUCAAGCCCCAGUCGGUGUGCGCGCCCUCGGAGCAGCUCCUGCACCUCAUCAAACUAGGGAUGGAAAACGAUGACUCUGCAGUUCAGUAUGCAAUUGGUCGCUCUGAUACAGUUGCCCCUGGCACAGGGAUUGACCUGGAGUUUGAUGCAGAUGUCCAGACAAUGUCGCCCGAGGCUUCCGAGUAUGAAACCUGCUAUGUCACUUCCCACAAAGGCCCAUGCCGCGUGGCCACCUAUAGCAGAGACGGGCAGUUGAUAGCCACAGGCUCUGCUGAUGCUUCCAUAAAGAUACUGGACACGGAAAGAAUGUUGGCCAAAAGUGCCAUGCCAAUUGAGGUCAUGAUGAAUGAGACUGCACAACAGAACAUGGAGAACCACCCAGUGAUUCGAACUCUUUACGACCACGUGGAUGAAGUCACGUGUCUUGCUUUUCACCCUACAGAACAGAUCCUGGCCUCGGGCUCAAGGGAUUAUACUCUAAAAUUGUUUGAUUAUUCCAAACCGUCUGCUAAAAGAGCCUUCAAGUACAUUCAGGAAGCUGAAAUGCUGCGCUCCAUCUCUUUCCACCCUUCUGGGGACUUUAUCCUGGUUGGGACUCAGCAUCCUACACUCCGCCUCUAUGAUAUCAACACCUUCCAGUGUUUCGUUUCUUGCAAUCCCCAAGACCAGCACACCGAUGCCAUCUGUUCCGUUAACUACAAUCCUAGUGCCAACAUGUACGUCACUGGCAGCAAGGACGGCUGCAUCAAGCUGUGGGAUGGUGUCUCCAAUCGCUGCAUCACAACCUUUGAGAAAGCUCACGAUGGCGCAGAAGUCUGUUCUGCUAUUUUCUCCAAGAAUUCCAAGUACAUCCUCUCGAGUGGAAAAGACUCUGUAGCUAAGCUCUGGGAGAUAUCCACAGGGCGGACGCUGGUGAGGUACACAGGCGCAGGUCUGAGUGGACGGCAGGUGCACCGCACACAGGCUGUGUUUAACCACACUGAGGACUAUAUUUUGCUGCCGGACGAAAGGACCAUCAGCCUCUGCUGCUGGGACUCUAGGACAGCUGAGCGCAGAAACCUGCUUUCCCUGGGCCACAACAACAUCGUGCGCUGUAUUGUGCACUCACCCACCAACCCUGGCUUCAUGACAUGCAGUGACGACUUCCGAGCUCGGUUCUGGUACCGGAGGUCCACCACUGACUGAGCCAGCCCCGCUCCUAGGGCUCCUGUCUCGGGACUCUGCCCUUCCUGUGUCCUGCCACCAGCUGCAGGAGUGAGCAGUUUGUACCAUCUGUGGUGGGUGUGCCGCUGCCUGGCCUCUGCCUUGGGUUUGAACAUGGAAGCUCUUUUCUUGACCUUGAUAGAGAAUUGUGGGAGAAGUUGGGAACAGACCUGUGCGCUUGUCUGCUGCCGUGAUUCUGGUGUGCUUCCCACCGGCUCCGUAAGUGCAGGACUUGUCGUGGCUUUCAGCCGGUCCAGAAGGACAGACACUGGGAGAUCUUCGUGGCCGGCCGGGACUCUCACAAGGAGUGCCCUCCGGCUCUUUUGUGACCUCUUGCGCCUGCCCUGCCCCCCUUGUGUUUCCUUCCAGCUGUGUUUCGGCCCAUGAGGAGGUCUGCAGCUCUGAGGACCUCGUUUUGGUGCCGUGUGGAACCACCUUACAGGGGUCCCAGUCCCAUUCUGAGGUGACGUCACCCGGGUAAUAAAGCUCAGAUCCAAAACCUCACUGUACCUUCUUCUUCACUUCAGUAACCUAAGGGUUUCCAUCGCCCUAUCUGCCACUUCCUGCAGCAUCCUCUUGGUACCAGCAAGGCUCACCGCUCCGAACAGUGACCGGCCCCUAAGCCCAGUAAAGUAGGAUGAUCAGGAGCAUAGGGCCUGCCUUGGCUAAAUAGCAAGUUUGAGACCAGCCUGGGCUAGGCCUGCCUUUAAUCCUGCUCUCGGGAGGCAAGUGGAUCUCUGUGAGAUCCUAGUCUGAACUACAUGAUGAAUUCCAGGGAAGCCAGAACUACAUAGUGAGUCCUUGUCUCAAAAAAACAAACAGAAUGGAUGGUAAUGAUUUGAUGGGAUACAUAAUCAAAACUAUCCAGUCUAAGCCGCAAGAGCCUGCUGUUGCCCCCAGCCUGACAGAAGCUUCUAAUCGGGGUAUACAGGAGCACGCUCUUGGGGUGUUACUGCAGUGUGCCAUCUGAUGCAUCUCUCACUUGAAGUUUCUGGGAAGCUGACGGGGUCUCUGUCUAGCUGCACGGAGGUGAACCAGUCCUGUGAGCCUCCUAAAGAAGACUCCCUGGGGACCUGGGCAGAAGUACCUGGAAACAGUGAGAUCACUGAUAGAGUUGUGACUAGGCCACACUAGGUCACUGCUGUGUUGUGGGGACUGUGACAUAAACAUUCUGCUCCAGCCUCACCACUGGGGUGGGGGAUUGGGGUAGGCGGGGGUCACUGGGUUUGGGGUCGCAAUCCUGAAGAGCUGUAUUUUUGUAUCCACAGUAAGUGUGAGCUUACACUUUUAUUUUGUGUUCUGGUUCUCCAGUAUUGGAGCGUGGCCACUUGGGGGUGCUACCCAUAAGAGUAUAAGAAAGUUACUGGCUAGGGACAAGAACAGCCGCUCUGCCCUGCUCUGCCCGCAGGCUCCCCACUCCUUCCUGUGACUUCCCUCUUGCUUUCAUGCUGUGACAACACUAUAGAGCAGAGGCUCGCCACUUCUGUCCCUGCCUGCACUCCCAGCAGGUAUGCUGUCCGGCACUUGAGAAUUAAAGUAAUAAUGCCACUUCAUACAGUCCCCGGGCUAGUCUCAGUGGCUGUGGUUCCAAUACUAACAUUUACAAGAUCAAAAUUCUCUGUUUCCAAAAUAGUUUUCUCCCCUCCCUGUGUCCCUUCCUCUCCCCUGCCUUUUAAAAGCCACAUUCACAUUUUUUAGCUCGUGUAGAUGUCAAGAACAUUGCGCAAACUUGGUGUUCACAUCUUGAUAAUUGUACACAGCAUUCCCGGCGUUUGAAUGAUGAGUUUCUAUCUGCUCAGAACAACCUAUGUUAUUUUUUAAAGA